AUGCCACGUCUCCACGUGGUACUUCUUUGUCUAAUUUGGGCUAAUUCUGCUACUGGAUCAAUUCGUGUUCAGUUGGCAGACUACGAUAAGGAUAGUUGGCGAGGCGUCUUGCAGCGAGUGGCCCCCGAUUGGGUUCUCGAAGAGUUUCCAGACGUGAGAGUUAGCAGUGCAGCUGAAAACGGUUUCCAGCUUCCCAAAGCUGGAAAAGCUCAAAUUCAAAUCAGCAAGCAUGGGAAGAAGGUGAUUAUCGCCAACACUCCAACCGAUGCGCUAAAUGCGAUUCAUACCUAUCUCCGAAGUCAAUGCCUUUCUCAAGUCUCCUGGUCCAACAGUUCUUUCUCUAGUGGCUGCCGGAAGCAUACCAGCGAUUUGUUGACUUUUGAAUCCAAACAAAUCCGUUACUUUGGAAACAUGUGCACCUUUUCCUAUUCAUUCGCUUGGUGGGAGUGGCCACAAUGGGAACGAUUUAUCGAUUGGAUUGCUUUGAAUGGAUUCAACACUGUCCUAAUGCCUUUGGGUCAGGAAGCUAUCUGGCGGGAUGUGUUCAUGGGGCUAGGUGUGGAGAGAGACGAGUUGGAUGCUUACUUUACAUCUCAGACGUACUUAGCAUGGCAUCGAAUGGGAAACUUGAAGGGGUACGGUGGCGGUUUGUCUGAUGCUCAAAUGCUCAAUGAUUUCAAUUUGGCUAAACGGAUAAUCAAUAGACUUUUGGAGCUAGGCAUCACUCCAAUUCUUCCAACGUUUUCUGGUUUUGUUCCAGAUCGGCUAGAAAAACUCUUCCCAACAUCAAAAUUUAAUCGCCUUCCGUGCUGGAACAACUUCACCUCUGAAACCUCCUGCCUUCUCUCCGUUUCCCCAUUCGAUCCACUUUUCCAGAAAAUCGGAUCUUCCUUUUUGAGACAUCAAAAGAAAAUGCUUGGAGGGGACAUCACCAACCUCUAUAGUGCUGAUCCAUUCAACGAGGUUCUUCCGAGUGACUCUGCCAAAUUCGAUGCCAAAUUUGUAAAACAAACUGCUCAGGCAAUUAUGAAUUCCUGCCGAAAAGUGGAUAAGAAUUGUAUUUGGGUCCUCCAAUCCUGGUCGUUCACUUAUGAUCAAUGGCCAAACUGGGCAAUCAAAUCGUUCCUCUCAGCAGUUCCAAUCGGUCAAAUGCUCAUUCUUGAUUUGUAUUCGGAAGUGGUGCCAGCUUGGCAAAUGACGUCAUCGUUCCAUGGACACAAUUUCGUUUGGUGCAUGCUUCACAACUUCGGUGGAUCAAGAGAACUCCGCGGAAACGUUCAAAAAGUUGACAAGGGAUAUCAGUUGGCUCUGAUGAAAGCUGGAUCAAAUUUGGUUGGAGCUGGACUCUCUAUGGAAGCAAUUGAUCAGAACUAUAUGAUGUAUCAGUUCAUGAUUGAUCGCAUGUGGACCCAAGAACCUAUUCCUCUGAAUAGUUGGCUGAAAUCGUAUUCCGAAUCUAGAUACUCCGCAGAUUUCAAAGUGGCUCAUAAGUUUUGGACCAUUCUCGCUGGUUCAUUCUACAAUCAACCAGAGAAAUGGGGCAAUCCUCGGUUCUCUGUAUUCCUAUAUCAUCGACCAGCGUUUGGAAAGAAGAUUGAGUAUUGGUUCCCAGUAGAAGAGACAUUCACUCAUCUGGAAUCACUUGUUCUAUCUCUACUUCAUAUUCUGGGAGACCAUCCAUUGUUCAAAGAAGACUUGAAUGACGUCAUGAGAGCUAUAACUCAAUUUGAAAUUGGAAAUGAGGCAGCUCUAUCUCUAACUGAAGCAUUCCUAAUGGAAGACAAACAACAAAUCGGGACGACGUGCGAGAAUUUGAUGGGAAUGUUCCAAAAACUGGAACCCUAUUCGAACAGGGAUGUUCGCGACUGGAUUGAAGAUGCAAAAUCAAUUGCUCCCACCACCGAAGAACGCGAAGUAUUCCCGAUCUCCGCUUCUGACAUCCUCACAGUUUGGGGUCCAACCGGUCAGAACCUUGACUACGCGCAUCGCGAGUGGGCGGGACUUCUCUCCGGAUACUACGGACGGCGAUGGCAAUACUUUUGUGAUUGGAUUCUGGAGCAUGACGUCUUCAAUCACACUGAAUUUUCCGUUUCUGUAUUCCGCGAUGUAGAGAGACCGUUCUCGAUCUCAGCAGUUUAA